CCGGCUGCAAACGCGCGCGGGGCGCUGCGGCUCUGCCUGGCUCGUGCGGGGCCGUUGGAGCCUCUCCCGUGGCCGGAGAAGGGUUUUGUGCCGCUCAAGCUCUGGGCAUGCGCAGAUCGGGGGCAAGUCCCGCAUGCGCAGAAGCAGCGCUCACCCGCUGCUGCUCCCUGGCGCUGCGGGGCCGGGCGGAGCAGGAGGGUCUGUGCCGGGGAGACCCAUUAACCCCCCGUGCCCGGCCCGCGCCCUGCUCCCGCUGGGGCCGCCCCGGGCUCUGCCCGCCCCGCUGCGGCGCUGCAGCCUCCAGGCUAUAGAAUAACAUCCACGUUUGCUCCAGAUCAUCCCAUCCUCCCAGGGGGAAGGAAAUGGCUGCAAUGGAGGUGGCUCAGGGGCCAGUGACUUUCGAGGAGGUGGCUGUGUAUUUCACCAGGGAAGAGGGGGCUCUGCUGGACCGCUCUCAGAGAGCCCUCUACAAGGAUGUCAUGCAGGAGAACUAUGAGACGGUGGUCUUGCUGGGGUUUCCAGUUUCCAAACCUGAUGUGAUCUUGCAGCUGGAACGAGGGGAAGAGCCGUGGGUCCCAGACCUCCAGGGGUCUGAGAAAGAAGUUCUCCUGAGAGUUGCCUGCACAGGUGAUGGGAUGGUGAGUGAGAAUGAGGAGGAGAAACCCCAGCAGGAAGAUGCUGAGCAAGUAGAACCACAUGGAACGUUAUCAGGAAGAUCUAAAGGGAAUGUUUCCGAGAGUUGUGCACUCCGAGAAAAAGCAAAAGCCUGUGAGACUCAGCAGAUGCCAGAGGAAAACUUCAGUAGCCACUCAGACCUUAUAACAUGCGAUAGAAUCAACUUGGAAGGGAGACCCUACACAUGCCAUGAGUGUGGGAAAAGCUUCAGUUGGAACUCUGCCCUUAUCACACAUUGGAGAACCCACACUGGAGAGAAGCCCUACACAUCCUCUGAAUGUGGGAAAAGCUUUAGUCAGUGUUCAAAUCUUAUCACACAUGAGAGAAUCCACACAGGCGAGAUGCCCUACACAUGCUCUGAGUGCGGGAAAAGCUUUAAUCGGAGCUCACACCUUAUCACACAUGAAAGUAUCCACACAGGAGAGAAGCCCUACAUGUGCUCUGAGUGCGGGAAAAGCUUCAUUGAUAGUUCAAGCCUCAUCUCACAUGAGCGAAUCCACACAGGAGAGACACCCUACACAUGCUCUGAGUGUGGGAAAAGCUUUAAUCACAGCUCUACCCUGAGCAAACAUAGAAGAAUCCACACAGGUGAGAAACCUUAUGGAUGCUCUGAGUGCGGGAAAAGCUUUAGUCAGCGUUCAGACCUUAUCACACAUCAGAGAACCCACACAGGAGAGAAGCCCUACACAUGUGCUAAGUGCGGGAAAAGCUUUAAUCGGAGUUCACACCUUAUCACACAUGAGAGAAUCCACACAGGAGAGAAGCCAUACAUGUGCUCUGAGUGUGGGAAAAGCUUUGGUCAUCACUCAACCCUUAUCACACAUCAGAGAAUCCACACAGGAGAGAUGCCCUACACAUGCUCUGAAUGCGGGAAAAGCUUCAUUGAUAGUUCAAGCCUCAUCUCACAUCAGCGAAUCCACACAGGGGAGACGCCCUACACAUGCUCUGAGUGUGGGAAAAGCUUCAGCGGGCGCUCACACCUUAUCAGACAUCUGAGAAUCCACACAGGAGAGAUGCCCUACACAUGCUCUGAGUGCGGGAAAAGUUUCAAUCGGAGCUCUAACCUUAUCACGCAUCAGAGAAUCCACACAGGAGAGAGACCCUACACAUGCCCUGAGUGCGGGAAAAGUUUAAAUAGGAGCUCAAACCUUAUUACGCAUCAGAGAAUCCACACAGGAGAGAGACCCUACACAUGCUCUGAGUGCGGGAAAAGCUUCAAUCGGAGCUCAAACCUUAUCACGCAUCAGAGAAUCCACACAGGAGAGAGACCCUACACAUGUGCUGAGUGCGGGAAAAGCUUCAAUCGGAGCUCAAACCUUAUUACGCAUCAGAGAAUCCACACCGGAGAGUAGCCCUACAUGUGGUCUGAGUAUGGGAAAAGCUUUAGUCAGCACUCACAACUUAUCUCACAUUGUAGAAUCCACAGAAGAGAGACACCCUUCACAUGUUCUGAGUGCGGGAAGAGCUUUAGUUAUCGCUUGCAGGAAAAGCUUCAGUUGGAGCUCAUGCCUUAUCAGACAUCAGAGAAUCCACAAAGGGGAGAUGCCAAAUACAUCAGGCCUGCACAUCUCGUAAAGCGGCAAGGGCCGUAUUACUCCAGAGAAAACAGCUGAGGGCCGAAAUCCCCUAGCCCUGCCAACCCCCCCCCAGUGCUGCCCAGCCCCGUGGAAACAAACCCUCCUUUCCCAGUGCCACCCCGCCGAAACAGCUGUGAGCUGAAAAGGAAGGUGGGGGGGGGGAGGUGAUACUUCAUUAAGAAUUUUUCAAU